AUGCUGGAUGAGAAGCGCGAAAAAGCCACCAAGACGUUGAAGGAGGUAGUCGAAAAUGGACCGCAGUUUACUCGAGAGUCGCCACUGGAUGAGGCUUUUAAAGCCCUCUACGAAUCUAUAAUCUCCAAAUUGAAUGAUUCGAAGACAUAUCAGGAGUUGGGCUGCAGCAGUAACGAGGAGUUCGUGAACCAGCUACUGCAGCACUUUGGCAGGAUACAUGAUGCUGCCUGUGAUAAACAGCGAAUAGAUGGUGGCGAGCUACUGCCAAUCUCGCUUCAUGAUAUGCGCUAUAUGGACACACUGAUUAAGCUGAUACUUUUCCAUGGGUUAGAGGCUAAUCUGCCAGCUAGCGCGAGAUCACAGAUAUGCCCCGAUGAGCUCGGUUGUGGUAUUUUAAGGUCCCACCCGGCAAAUCCACAGACAUUGAUCGCUGUCAUGGCGUGUCUUUAUCCCAUUAUAAGUGAUACAUCGAGAGCAGAUGAUUAUGCUAGGAUGGUUGUGUUGAGGGGACCUCUGUAUCGGGAAAUGGUUUUGGGCCUGCUGCAUCUUUUUGCUAGCAUGGAGGAUGCCCAAUAUGAAAAAAUGGUGGAUGUUCUUGAAACGGUGCAACAGACGUACGAGCUGCUUAAUGUUUAUACGUCUCUAGUUGACACAAUCCGCGACACGGAACUGCGUGCUGUCCUUCUUGUUAGAUUAAGUACAUUACCGGUACGCAGAAAUGAUGGUGUAUUGAGUUUGAUAGACUUUGUCACAGGCGCGCGGGAGAGCGAACAGAUAGAUGUCGAGAAGGUCUGCAGAGUGACAGAAAUCCUGGUGGCCAAGCCUAAGAACAUGAGCAGCGUCGAGUAUUUCACGAAUCUCUUCGAGCAGGUGAGAGAACAGUUAUCCCAUAUAAACAGGCCCUUGGUCAUCACCUGCCUUAACGAUUUGAUAAGCACUCUGUACCAAAAGAAUAGCCGUAUAAUCCAGGACUUUCUUUUCAAACCGGUGUUCGAUGUGUUGUACAAUAUGCCUAUUAAGAAUUACACUUCAAAACAAUUAAACGAUGUCACCAAUGUACUGAUUUCUCUUACCAAGAGUCCGUCCGUGGAGAUGAUGGAAGCCCUAACGAGCGCCUACGGACAGAACCAGUUCUACCUCCACUUAUGGAUCUACGCUCUCUUCCUUAGGAAGUUCCAAACUUUAGCUCCAAUAAUGUACGAUAAGGAUGGCAACAAGAUUGAAGAGACACCAGCGCCGUACUACAACGUUAUUCUCUCUCUCAUAAAAUCGUACAUGGUCCUCACAAACCACUUUGAGUCUUUGGAUCACUUGGCGCUGAACUUGAUUAAUUUUGAACAUUCACAGUGGAAAUACGUUGUCGAUUUACAGACGCAACUUGUUUCCAUCACUGUAAAGGAUGAGGGCGAGAAACUGCCGCGCUCACUCACCACUGGUCGAAAUGAGCGCGAUGGCUCCUUCGAUCUUUUCAAAGACAUUGAUAUGGCAGUAGACCUCUUCGUGUUACUUUUAAAUCUGAUAGGGAACGAAGAAGUGACCAAAAAUCUCUUUCUAAAUGUUCUCAGCAGGUGGGUUAAGAGCAGCAUCGACAAUAAGAGACCGGACACUCUAGAUGGCAGCGAGUCCAGUGCAUUGAUACUGGUGGACCUCAAGAUCUUGGAGCGCAUGAACAAGGAGUUUACCAGUGAGAUUGUCAAGAAACCAGAUGACAUUCUAUUAUUGAUCCUGGAGCUCCUUGGCUCCAUUACUGAGGAGGAAAAGCAAAAGCCUGAGAUAGGCGAAGAUUCCGACGAUGAGGAGGAGGAGCCAGUCGCUGCUACUGCUGCAUCAACAAUUUUUGACAUCGUGCUAGAGCUGCUCGGGACUGUACUAGAUAAAGGUGUUUUGAAGUCUAGCUCAAAGGCUCAAGAAACACUACAGGCCAUCCACGAGAAAUUGGGCAGGCAUGAAAAUCGACAAUGUGAAGAACUGCGAUCGAAAAUCCAUCAUCUUUUAAACAACACCAAUAUUUCAGACCUACAGACCGAAUCCUCUUUUGCAGACAAUCAACUGCUGCUUGAGGCCAUGAAUAAUAUCAAUGAUCCAAUAGAUCCCAUUAAAGUACAAGGACUCACCACGUUGGCUCGCCUCGCCGAAAAACAAUCCCAGGUUGUUCAGCUCCCUAGAUUCAGGGCAAUCUUUCUACAGCACCUGCGUUAUCCAGACCCCUUCGUCUACCUGAACGCCGUCAAGGGCCUAGCUGUGCUAUGCGAACGCGAUCCGAACGAGACCGUCGAUGCCCUACUCAAAAUAUAUCUAAACCUAGAGCAAAGACACAAGAUCGAUGACGUGCUCAAAAUUGGCGAAUCUUUGAGUCUCUACAUCCAGCGAGAAGGCGAGCUGUUCCAGGGCCGCAAUGCCAACAACAUUGUCGAUGCUUGUCUCGCUAUAGUCCGAAAACACGACUCACUAGACAACAGAAUAAGAAUGUCUGCGAUCUCGCUGCUCGGCGUAUGUCUGCGAGUAAACGCGAUCGGCAUACAGGACAGAAUACCUCUGAUACUCGACUGUGUCUUCGGUGUUCUACAGCUAGAGACCACCGCAAAGCAGGCAGCCCGUAAUAAAAACUACAAAGAUGCGUUUGUCGUCAGAAGAGCUGCUAUCCAUCUGGUUUUCGACCUUCUCAAUGACAACGGUUUUGAUCUGCUGCCAAAAGAUUACAACCACGGCCAAUUAGUCGUGUUACUCAGAUACGCUAGAGAACACGACGAUGAUGCUCUCGUCCGCAAGCAUGCCGAUGAGAUCUUACAGUUGACUGGUAGGCUGUUGGCGCUGCAGAUCUGA